ACGAGUUCAGGUGAUACACGGAAUUAGAAAUAAUUUCAAUAUAAACGUUUGCUUCUUAGUCACUCCAACCAUUCUUGUCCUUGUUAGUCUCACUCUCAACCCUCAUAAAAGACUUAAAUAUCAAUAAGAAGAAGAUAGAGAGCUAACAAAAAAUGGCGGCAAAUGGUACCUUGAUCGGCGACGAGGGUUACGAUCGCGCCGGAGAAGUGAAGCAAUUCGACGACUCCAAGCUCGGAGUCAAAGGCCUCGUCGACUCGGGUCUCUCCUCCAUCCCCCGGAUCUUUAUCCACCCGCCCGAAACGUUACAGCAACUGAACCCGACGACCCGACCCGACGCCGAGCCCAUCCCCACCAUCGACCUCUCCGGCCCCCGCGCCGCAGUCGUCGACCAAGUCAGCGGCGCGUGCCGGAAGUUCGGGUUCUUCCAGAUCACCAACCACGGCGUACCGUCGGUGGUUCUGGACCGCACCAUCGCCGCCGUGAAAGCCUUCCACGAGCAGCCGGUGGAGGCCAAAGCGCGGUUCUACCGGAGAGAGAUGGGCCACGGCGUGUCGUACCUCUCCAACGUCGACCUCUACACCUCCAAGGCCGCCAGCUGGCGCGACACGAUUCAGGUGAGGCUGGGCCCGGUCGCGGCGGAGGGUGACGAGGUUCCGGAGAUUUGUAGGGAGGAAAUCGCGGCGUGGAACAAGGAGAUCCAACGGCUGGGAGAGGAGAUGCUCGGGAUGGUCAGUGAAGGGCUGGGAUUGCCCGCCGGGAAGCUCAAGGAGAUGACGUGUCUGGAAGGGAGGAUCAUGGCGGGACACUACUACCCGCCCUGCCCGCAGCCUGACCUUACCGUAGGGCUGACGUCACACAGUGACCCGGGAGUGUUGACCGUGGUGCUUCAGGAUCACAUUGGUGGGUUGCAGGUCAAGCACGGCGAUGCUUGGGUGGAUGUGAAGCCCGUCCCCGGUGCUCUUGUGAUCAACGUUGGUGAUUUACUGCAGAUUAUAUCAAAUGAGGAAUACAAGAGCGUGGAUCACCGGGUGUUGGCGAAUCCGAGCGACGAGCCGCGAGUCUCGAUUGCCGUGUUUUUGAACCCGAGCAACAGGGAGGGGGUGUUUGGUCCGUUGCCGGAGCUGGUCUCGCCGGAGAAGCCAGCGCUAUACAAAAAGUUUACGUUUUCAGAGUUCAUGAUGAGGUUCUUCACGAAAGGAUUGGAAGGCAAAACUUUGGUGAAUUACUAUAAGCUGCAGUGAAGUAGACUAGAUACUUUUCUGAAUUUCAGUUCUCCAAUGUACUUGAUUCGAUAACAGGGUUACUGUUUAAAUGUUAUGUCUCACAUAAACUUGUAUUCACUAUUCAGUAUCAGAAGUUAUCAGAUUACAACU